CUUGACGCUGCACCGGCUUUGCGAACAACCAAAACUGCAAAGUAUAAAAAAUGUCCAACGUUGCACUAGACAAAUUAUCUUUUUUACAUAAAUAUCAGUUUCUGGUAGAAGUAGAUCCGAACGUUUAUUUGGGGCUAUAUCGCGGUAUAUUCAGAAUCAAAAUAAUUUUGCCGUCGUUUCCUCAGGCGACAGGAAUAGGCAUUUCAAUUUUUAAGAAUUCAAACCUUGUACAAUUGGAAAAAAUGCCAAAAACCACCGAUCUACUCACAUACAUGGACAGUUUGCUUCAAUUCCUGAAUCAACAGGAGUCACAAACGGCGGAAACAAUUCCUGAUGUCGGAUACUUUUUAGAUAUUUUAUGUCAGCUAGAGCGAAUCAAAACGGACCAUAAAUGCAAAAUUCUCGCCACAAAAAAUUUAUCCAGCUUGAAGCUCUUUGGAUUGAAGCAAAACGAUCAUCAUCGUCUUGAGAUGAACCGCACUUCGGGCGCGGAAUACAUUGUCAUAUCACACAGUCUACCCGAGCUAGGAUCGUCAGGAGUGUUGUUCAAAUGGCAGGCCACGCCAGAGUCGCACACUAUCGCGUUCGUCCAAUUACUAGAACAACUAGACGAAUUCUACGCCAACUUACACAAGAUCGAUGAGCUAUGCCACGUAGUUGACCCGUCAGAGAUCGACUCUCGAACGAGCUGGCGAACGAUUAAAUUUAGCUCGAAAGUUUUCUUGAAGAUUACUUUACAUCCCCUACAGCCUUCCUCGGUUGUGAUAGGUUUUAUUGGACCAACGAAAGAAACGGAAUAUUUAAGAGAACUUUACGAUAGCAAAAUCGAAAAUUGGGACCCGGAAAGCGAUGUGUACACCAAUUUGCUAAGAAUUUUCGAGAUAAUGUCCUUUCCAAUGCGCAUUCAGGAUAAUGAACAUGAGGAGUCUACAGUUAGCUGUGGUAUUUGUAUGUCACACAGAAAUGAUCACAAUCAGAUUCCCAUUGUUUCUUGUGACAAUGAAAAAUGCUCGCUGAUUUUCCACGUUGAAUGUUUAAAACAGUGGUUUCUUUCGUUAAAACAAAGUAAGACUUUUUUCGCCAUAUCAAUAGGAACAUGCCCGUACUGUAAGCAGAAAGUAUCCUCCAGUUUUGAUGAGUUUUUAAGUAACGUGAUGUAA